CCCCCCGCCCCGAAAGAAGUGCAGUAGUUUGUGAAGCGCAAGAUGGCGGCGCGGCCGUGAGCGCAGGCGGCGGGCGGGCGGCGGCGCGGGCUGAGGGGGCGAGGCGGAGCGGCGCCGGCAGGUGGUGGAUGUGGACUUUAAAACAGUGUCUCAACAUCUCAUCCUCAACUAUUUUUAAUCUGAUUGCACUACGAAAGAAAAGCUGCUAAUGGGAGAAAUGUUGAGACUUUACAAGAACUGACUUGAAGUACCGAAAGCCAUUAUUAUUAUUAUUUUAUUAUUACUAUUAUUAAUCAAGAAGAGCUUGAAGCUAAUCUGUAUCUGACCAGUCGUUAUCAUUUUCACAGUAACAGUCAUGGCAAGUAAACGAAAAUCAACAACACCCUGCAUGGUCUUAGCCAAUGAGCAGGAUCCAGAUCUAGAAACGGUGUCAGACUUGGAGGAAGGACCACCUGUGCUCACACCAGCAGAUAACCCUACAGCAGAGGGUGUGACAAGUGAUGAGGAUGCUCAUGAGUAUGUGGAUUCAGACAAUAAGAAAAAUACAAAUAAAGUAGAAGGUGGUUAUGAGUGUAAAUACUGUACUUUUCAGACUCCAGAUCUCAAUAUGUUUACCUUUCAUGUGGAUUCAGAACACCCCAACGUAGUGUUAAAUUCAUCCUACGUUUGUUUAGAAUGUAAUUUCCUUACCAAAAGAUAUGAUGCCCUCUCAGAGCAUAAUUUGAAGCACCACCCUGGAGAGGAGAAUUUUAAAUUGACUAUGGUGAAACGUAAUAACCAGACAAUCUUUGAACAGACAGUAAAUGAUCUCACUUUUGAUGGGAGUUUUGUUAGAGAAGAAAAUGCUGGACAGGCUGACUCUUCUGAGGUCCCCUCAUCAGGGAUCUCCAUUAGCAAAACUCCUAUCAUGAAAAUGAUGAAAAGCAAACCCGAGGCUAAACGUAUUGCUGUUUUCCACAAUGUAGUUGAUGACAUUCCUGGUGAAGAAAAGGGAACUGAAAAUGAGCCAAACUCUGAAGAAGUAGUAGAAAACCCCCCAGCGGCAGUUUCUGAACCCAAACCAAGCCAUUCAGUUGUGUGCAGUGCAGCAGAUGUGGCCGGGGCAGUAGUGACCCCAGCACCGGUGCUUCAGCCUGGGGUGGCGCAGGUUAUAACAGCUGUCACAGCUCCACAGAACUCCAACCUGAUUCCCAAAGUCCUAAUACCUGUGAAUAGCAUUCCAGCCUAUAACACUGCUUUGGAUAACAAUCCUCUUUUGCUUAACACCUACAACAAAUUCCCGUAUCCAACCAUGUCAGAAAUCACUGUUCUUUCCUCUCAAGCUAAGUACACAGAAGAGCAGAUUAAAAUCUGGUUUUCUGCUCAGCGUCUGAAACACGGAGUGAGCUGGACGCCAGAGGAGGUGGAGGAAGCAAGGAGGAAACAAUUUAAUGGCACAGUGCAUACUGUGCCCCAGACCAUUACUGUUAUUCCAGCACACAUUUCGGCCGCUAGCAAUGGUUUACCUUCCAUUUUACAGACAUGCCAAAUAGUUGGUCAGCCAGGACUUGUUCUCACUCAAGUUGCAGGUACAAAUACAUUACCAGUAACAGCCCCAAUAGCUUUGACUGUAGCAGGAGUCCCAAACCAAACUCAGUUACAGAAGAGUCAGAUUCACAGUGCUCAGCCUAUUGCAGAAACCAAACAAGUAGCUGCCAUUCCAGCCCCUCAGCUAAUCAAAAAUGAAUCCACGCUGAUGAAUCCUGACUCCUUUGGCAUCCGAGCAAAAAAAACUAAGGAACAACUGGCAGAAUUGAAAGUCAGCUACCUUAAAAACCAGUUUCCUCAAGACUCAGAAAUUGUUAGACUUAUGAAAAUAACAGGCCUCACUAAAGGAGAGAUCAAAAAGUGGUUCAGUGAUACACGCUACAAUCAGAGAAACUCAAAGAAUAAUCAUGGGAUUCAUCUUAACAGUGAUUCAUGUGCCACCAUUGUUAUUGAUUCAAGUGAUGAAAUGAAUGAAUCUCCAACAGGAGUCACUCCACAGAGCAAGCCAUCUUGGGGUACUUUUCCUGAUUUCACCCCACAGAAAUUCAAAGAGAAGACUUCUGAACAGUUGCAAGUCCUCCAAGCAAGUUUUCUUAAUAACCCAGUCCUUACUGAAGAAGAGAUGAAUAGAUUAAGAGCCCAAACAAAACUGACCAGGAGAGAGAUUGAUGCCUGGUUUGCAGAAAAACGGAAAUCAAAUGUCUUGAAGGAAGAGGGAGCUGACAUGAAUGAAAGCAAUGCUGGCAGCUCAAAAGAGGAAUCUGGAGAAACAUCUGUGGGAGAUGGAGCAGCAGGAACAAAAUCAGGGUGUUCUACUUCAAGCAAAAUAGGCAAAAAAUCACCAGAGCAGUUGCACAUGCUCAAAAGUUCCUUUGUCCGUACUCAGUGGCCAUCUCCACAAGAAUACAACAAGCUGGCAGAAGAAACUGGGCUUCCAAGAUCAGAAAUUGUGAGCUGGUUUGGAGAUACUCGCUAUGCCUGGAAAAAUGGUGGAUUGAAAUGGUAUUACUAUUACCAGAGUGCCAGUGCAAACAGCCUGAAUGGCCAAGGCUUUGCAAGGAAGAGAGGGAGAGGAAGACCAAAAGGGAGGGGGAGAGGGAGGCCUCGGGGGAGGCCUCGGGGAAGCAAGAGGUUAAAUUGCUGGGACAGAGGUGUCUCUGUCAUAAAAUUUAAAACUGGAACAGCAAUCCUGAAGGACUAUUACAUGAAGCACAAAUUCCUUAAUGAGCAAGACCUUGAUGAACUGGUAGCCAAAUCUCACAUGGGAUAUGAGCAGGUCAGAGAAUGGUUUGCAGAAAGGCAAAGAAGAUUAGAACUUGGAAUAGAGCUGUUUGAUGAGAAUGAGGAGGAAGAUGAAAUGCUGGAUGAUCAGGAGGAUGAGGAAGAAACAGAUGAUAGUGAUACUUGGGAACCCCCCAGACAUGUUAAACGUAAACUUUCGAAAACAGACUGAUGUACAAUUUGGAAUUUGGGGGCCAAAAACCUAUGAAUUAGGUUUGAUGUUAUGGUGAAGAGCCAAAUGAUUUUUCAUGGCCUUCAGUUUAGCAAGCAGCUGCUCAGCAUCUUCCUUCCACCUACAUGGAAGAGUACAUGGGCAAGAUGCUACCUGUGCA